AUGGCUUGGAUAUCUAUUCCGUUACAUGAUGAUAGCUAUGUUGGUAAAUUAAGCAUUGCUGCAAGUGUUUUCUUGGCUAUGGGAAUUGGUAGUUACUCUCUAUAUUAUUUGUUACGAAGGAGGAAGAUAAAGACUUCUGAGAUAGAGAAGAAAUCGAUAGAUAAUGAUAUUAAAAGUGAUGGAUUAGUAGUUUGUAUUCAUGAACUCAAUCAAGCUAUAAGUAACUUGAGAUAUGUUCGUUUGGAACAUCAAGAGAAUGGCUCUAAAAAUGACGAGAAAUCCCAACAACUAAUCGUCUGCAUCGAUCGAUUAGCGUCUCAAGUUGACCAACUUCGUCAAUCUUUAGAAAAUUUGCAAGAGAAAAAGGAUACAACUACUGGCAGGCGUGAUAGCAUUGCUAGCAGCCAAAGUAGCGACAACUUUUUUGACGCAAGUGUAGAAGAUGAUGACGAUGAUGCCUAUAAUAGCGGGAUUGAUAGAUUUUUAAGUUGUGAAUCUCUAGAAAGUAUCCCAAAUCGACAAUCUAGAUCAGAUACAAGUAUAAAUUUGGAUGAGAGUUCAGCUCUAGCUGAAAGAACCAGUUAUCUUGCUAUAGUUAAGAAUAUUCUCUAUGAUUGCUUUAAGCUUUUAAGAUAUGUUGAUCAACUACACCGUAAUUAUGACCCCAAAAGUCGCCGCAAAGCUUUAGAUAAGUUGAAAAGUAUAUAUGGCAAGUAUCAAGAAAAUGUACAAGUAUUAUGGAGAUAUGCUAGAGCACACCUUGAACUAUGUGAAUAUGUCGAUAAAGAUGAAGCCAAAACACUAACAUACAGUGCACUCGAUAUCGCCAAGAAAGUUCUAUCUAUCAAUGAUAGCUGUAGCGAAGGCCAUAAAUGGUACGGAAUAGCCUUAGGUGCUAUUAUAUCGUAUGAAGGUAACAAGAAAAAAAUAGAACUAGGCUUUGAAUUUAAGGUAGAAAUGGAUAGAGCAAUCGAAUUAAACCCCGAAGAUCAUGAAGUUAUGGGUUACAUAGGAAGGUGGUGCUAUGAGUGUGCAUCAUUAUCAUGGUAUGAGAAAAAAGCAGCACGACUAAUUUAUGGUGAUCUGCCGUCUGCCACUAUCAGUGAAGCUCGAGAAUAUUUAAUUAAAGCAGAUGGAAUGCAGCCUGGAUAUUCCAAAAAUACGAGACUUUACGUAGGAAAAUGUUACCUAUAUGAUAAAGAUUAUAGAAAUGCACGUCACUGGCUCUUACAAGCCAAAGAAGUUGCUACUAUAACUUCGCAGGCAAGUCUAAACUCUAAUUAUUUUGUUACUUGUGAUAGAGAAGCAGAAAAGGAGAUUGAAAAGUUACUCUUACAAUGCUGA